AUGACUGCAGCGACAACCCUCUGGCCAUUGGAUACAUCAGCUGAGCGAGGUGGCGGCGACGUCGACGACGAAGGAAUGGUCACCGAAGGCCCCGAAGCUGCCGAUGAUGACGGCGACGACAUCGAUCGUGGUGUCGGGGAACUGUUUUCCUGGUCGCCGACGUCUAGUCCCACCUCUUCCCCCACGGGAUCUCACGGCGGCCGCGGCGGCGGCGGCCGCGGUGGUGGAGGUCGGGGGCGCGGUGGCGAUGACGGCGGUGGUGCCAUGUGUCUCACCCAGCAGGCCAUCUGUAUGGCGGACUUAGACUGCGCUGCGUGCAUGGCUGGGGCCACGAGAGACGGGAGCUGCGACGCCACCCUCCCUGACUGCGCCGGCGUGGCUGACUACUAUUGCUGCCUCGCUGGGGACGUGCGAGGCUGCAGCGACAAUGUGUUGCUCUUGGACCUGAUCAACUGCGAGAUUGAGCUGGAUUCGUGCACGCUGACCGACCUCUGCGGCGAUGUACACGGAGGCGGCGAGGAGGAUGCGGACGACGAUGACGCGUCUUCUCGCAGGGGCGGCGACGACGACGACGGUGGCAAGAACGGCAACGGCACAGACAACCACGAGCACUCAACGGAAACUCCCUGGCUCAAACCGGGGGAGCCAGGGGCGGGCGCGGACGACGACGCCCAGAACAUCGACCGUGGUUUCGGCGAGUUCUUCACCUGGUCGCCCACGUCUAGCCCCACUUCUUCGCCUACGGGAUCUCACGAAGAGCAACACCGCGGCCGCGGCCGUGUCGGUGGCGGUGGCCGUGAUGACGACAGUGGCCGUGGUGACGGCGGAAACGUCUGCCUCGAGCAGCAGGCCAUAUGCUUGGCGGAUUCAGACUGCGCCGCAUGCAUGGCCGGGGCCACGAGAGACGGGAGCUGCGACACCACCGUCCCUGACUGCGCCGGCGUGGCCGACUACUAUUGCUGCGAGCUUGGGGGCACAGAAGGCUGCAGCGACAACGCGUUGCUCUUGGACUUCAUCAACUGCGGGGUGGCGUUGGAGUCGUGCACCUUGACCGACCUGUGCGGUGACUAA